AUGUUAAAAUCCGUAGUAUCAUUAAUAUUCAAAUCUAACUCGACGGAUACUUCUUUAAAUACUUCCAAAGUUACUGAAACUUCAACCACAAAAGAAGUUAAUAAUAACAUUAGCGUUCAAAAUCAUUCCGAAAAAAAUGAAAUAGCAACAAACAAUGCUUCUUUGAUACAAUUAGUAAGACAACAGCGACAGAAACAAUUAAAGGAAACGAUAUUAAUGCGUAAUGCUGCUCAUCGAUCACUAACAAGCCAUUACGAACAGGAGCAUUUACCGCUUUCACAAGUUCAAGAAAAGUUAGAAGAAGAAAAUCUUCCUUUGAUACAAGUGCAACAUCAAUUGGAGCAACAAAAGGAUGACCCGAUUAUUUAUACUACCACAAAAGAAAGCCUAAGAUCGUUGUUGUUUAACCAAAGAAAGUCGUAUAACUUAUUAACAAAACCGAAAAAAUCUAAACUUAUUGGUCGUAUUAUGAAUUUAAUUGAUACUAUUGGGGUUGAUCCUAUUCAAAGAACCUGUCAAGAGGUUGAGAUUAAAACGUUUGAAAAUUCAUCAGAAAAUGUAUCAGGUAAUCAAAAAAGCAAAGAACCAAUGAAUCUUCAAGAAAAUAGUCAAUGCGGAUCAAUAAAGGUGGCAGAAAUUAUUAGCGAUAAUGUUAAAAUUUCCUCUAAAGAAUCAGAAGAAAGGGAUAAUGCCGUCAACACCCUUCAAAGUAAAAGUUCUGGUAAUUUAGUACGUGAUUCUGGUUAUGGUGAAAAAUCAAUGCCAAUCGUUGAUAAUAAAAAACGACAUAGUGGAUUCUUUAGAAACCGUCGAUCAAAUAAUGAAAUAACUAAUUCGGAAGUAAAGAAUUCAGUUAUACCGUUUAAUUUAACAUUAAGAGGGAGUAAAAGUAGAAGAAAAUCAUUAAGACCUACUACUGACGAUAUAAUAGAACCCGAAGAAGAUGAAUUGAAUAAUACUAAUUCUCGUAAUAAAUUUUUUACUAUUCCAAAAAGAACUAGUUCUGCUCAGCAAUUUAAUAAAUCAUUACAAUCUUUAAGAAAUUUAUGGAAAGUUAACCAGCAACAAAAUGAUGACGGUUAUAAACUUUAG